CCAUCCCUCCCAAGAACUUGUCCUUCCCAGUAUUGGAGUUAUUAAAAAAAGCUGAACCUUCAAGCUCUUUUUUUAAUUUUCCCCGUAGACCCAGAUCUUGAACCCUCCCUCCCAAAUCUUGAACCCUCCCUUUUUUUUUCCCCUUACACCCCAAAUCCCCCUCUCUUUCUUUCCCUAUUUCUUUCCCCGUUGACCCCAAAUCCUGUCUUUCCUCUUGGGUUGUCGAACCCAGACCUUGAACCCAAGCCGCCACGGGAAUCUCGAAGCCGACGCGAAUCAAGUCCCAAAAUCAAGAUAUGUAAAUGAUGGGAGACCCUUCUGGCAAUAUAUAGUCAGUUCUUCCACUGGUUGUUCUGAUUCUCAGUACUUUGAAGAACUUUAUAACUACUAUACGACUGACAAGGCUUGGCAUCUCUGUGAUCCUGAUGCUGAGAAGGUGUUUGAAGCUCUGAGGAAAGCAGGUGUUAAAGUAGGUGUUGUAUCAAAUUUUGAUACCCGAUUAAGGCCUCUUUUACACGCUCUACAUUGUGAACAUUGGUUUGAUGCAGUAGCAGUGUCAGCCGAAGAUAAGUCUUUCAUAUAUCUAGCCGGCCUACUACAGAUGUCGAAGUUGAUUACUCGUCGUCGGAGUGUGAUCAAUGCGCCUCCCACAUUAUCAGCAUCUACUGCUCCAGCCGUGAGUGCUCCAUUAAUUGGGGAGCCUACACCCAAUGUUGAGGCUACUUCUACGGCGUCCCAAGUGCCCGUCUCAUCGACGUCAUCAGUGUCCGUUGAGUCGCUCAGUGCACGGCGGCCUCACCGACGCUGCCGUGACCCAGAGCCUUCUGAUCAGACUUCCUCGGCAUCCAGAGUUGAGGGUGAGGCCUCCCAGCCACCGGCUAAAAAAAACACCAGGGGGCCUAGUCGAAUGCUGAAGGAGUUACAGGGCGUACGUCAAAACAACUCCAAGAUCAAGAUUGUGUAUGACCCACAACAUUGUGGAGCGGCUACCAAACAGCAGCAUAGCGGCGUUGCUAGUAGCUGUGGUGUUGUUAUUCGAGAUAAUUGUCCUUUUCAGCGAGAGUCUUGGGCAAAAAUUCCUGAGGAGACGAAGAUAUUGGUGCGACACAAGUUGUCGUGCGUUUAUGAUCUUGAGGAUGUAUCCCCUGAGGUCAUGGUCUACUUAGAGGAGACCUUAGCAACCCGGUACAAACAAUGGAAGAACAAUUUUCACAAGCAUUUUAAGCGAUGGGAUGAUCCGGAGAUUGCUCGCCUACAUGUUCCAGAUGAGUUGAAGGACCGACCAGAGGAUUGGGAGUGGCUCUGCAAACAUUUUACGGACCCAAAAUUUGUGAAGAAAUCUAUUGCUGGCCAGAAAGCUCGGGAGUCAAAGACACUUCUCCACCAUUCUGGUUCGCAGCCCUUUUCGUAUAGGCUUGAGGCACGACGUGAGGAGGGUUCUAAGUUCCCAGAGAUCGACAUGUUCAAGGACGUUUACGUUCGACCUGGUAAUGAGACCACUAAGCAGCUUCAUGUUACUAUGGAGGAAAAGAGCACUGCUGUUCUCCAUGAAGCAGCAUCGCAGCUUCCCCCCGGAGACCCCGAUCGAGGACGUCAUAGUACCUGAGGAUGCAGGUUUUCAGAUCAUGACUGAUGUCCUG